AGAAAUUGAAAUCGGAGAUUCCCCUCUACGAGCUCAAAUAUUCCCUUAAUCUUGUGGCUUGCUCUUGAGAGUUCGUUCAUCAACGCAAAGAUGCCAGCUUUAGAUCCAGUAGACGGUCCACAGCCCGAGCCACAACCCCUCACUAGACUCCCCUUCGAACCAGUCAAGAAAUCGCAUAUCCUACACUGCUCUUACGACUACUGGCACCAAAUAUACCGCUCCUCAGCCCUCAAAUCCCGAAUCAUCCCCCUCACGCCACAAUUCCUCUCCUACCUCCGCGAGGACGGCAUAAUCCUCCCCUCAGAAACACCCACCUUCCCACCUCCCUCAACGUACAACCCCUCCUCCUCUACCUCCUCUGACUGGGACUCUGAUCCCGAUCCCGACCCCUCGCUCUCCUUCCCCACAAUCCACCAAGCCAUCAAAGAAACCAUCCAUGAGCUCGGCGGCCUGGUAGCACCAAAGCUAAAUUGGUCCGCGCCGAAAGACGCAACAUGGAUUAGCAUGAAGAAAAAUAGCAUGGAGUGUGCAACGCCGAAUGAUAUUUAUUUGUUACUCAAGAGCUCAGAUUUCGUAACGCAUGAUUUGGAGCAUGUUUUUGAUGGGUGCGAAGAGGAUGAAGAGGAAUCUUUGACAAAAGAAGACAUAAAAUACGUGUUGGUGCUCAGGAAGUGGUUUAAAGUCAACCCAUCUUGUGAAUUCCGCUGUUUCGUACGAGAAAGGAGGGUGAUAGGGAUUUGUCAGCGGGAUCUCAAUCAUUUUGAGUUCUUGUUCCCGAUGAAAGAGCAGUUGAGGGAGGUGAUACUGAAAUACUUCGAGAAGACAUUGAAGAGCACGUUUCCGGAUGGCAAUUUUGUGUUUGAUAUCUAUCUGCCGGAACCUUAUGAUAAGGUUCGAUUGAUGGAUAUCAAUCCAUGGGCGCCACGAACGGAUCCCUUGUUAUUUUCCUGGUUAGAGCUUCUUACGAUGCCGCUCCCGAAACCGUUACUGGGUAUCCCAGACUCGGGAGUGGAUCUACCGCUACUGGAGAGUCUGGAUCUCAGCAGCGAUGAGGAUAUGCAGGAUGAUGUAGAUGUGGAGGAAGUGGAAUGGAAGCCGGAGAUUAGAUUUGUGAGGAAAGAUGAUCCAGAGGCGUAUUGCUUUGCUAGUCCGCAGUAUAGUGCGCAUAAACUCCCGAGGGAGGUGGUUCAGGCGAGUGCAGGUGGGGAGACGGGAAUGAGGGAGUUUGCAGAUCAGUGGCAGAAGAUGAUGGAUGGGGAGGUGGAGCUGCAAGCUGGCAGUGAUGAUGACGAUGAUGAUGAACCCGUAGAUAGAACCACGGCAGCAUAGAUGUUAGAAUACAAAUGACGCUAAACCAACG